AUGACGGACAAACUACCCCCACAGCUGCUACAGCUGUUCGCUCCCAGACCUGCUCUGCGAUACCUGCCGCCAUGCGACCACGCUCCCGAGGACCGCCGCACGCCCAAGAUCUCUGGUGUCGCUCAAUACGUCCAGGCCGCAAAGGAAUACGAUGACGGCUAUGUCCCUACCGAGAGUUGGCUCCAAAAGAAGGACCGUCAAAAGAUGGAGAGAGACGAGGCUGCCCAAUACCGCAUCACUGAGGGCUACAAGAACGAAUUCAAGCCCCAUGAGGACCCCAAUGUUGUCGGCGACCCAUUGAAGACGCUUUUCGUCUCUCGUCUCAGCUACAACACCGAAGUCAAGGACCUCGAGCGCGAGUUCGGUCGCUAUGGUCCCAUUGAGCGCAUUCGUCUCGUCGAGGACACAACCACACCUACCCCCAAAAAGAAGCACCGCGGUUAUGCUUUCAUUGUUUUCGAGAGAGACUCUGAUAUGAAGGCUGCCUACAAAGACGCCGAUGGUAUUCGCAUCAAAGACAGACGUAUCCUGGUCGACGUUGAGCGUGGCCGUACAGUCAAAGAAUGGCGUCCUCGUAGAUACGGCGGUGGCCUUGGUGGCCGUCAUUACACAAAGGCUGCUCCUCCUCGUCCCUCUGGCUACGGUGCACCCUCUGGACCUGGAGGCUUCGGUGGUGGCCGUGGCGGUUUCGGCGGCGGUGGCUUCAGAGGUGGUUUCCGUGGUGGAAGAGGAGGAGGUGAUAGAGGCGGCUUCAGGGGCGGCUUUGGUGGAGGUGACAGAGGUGGGUACGGUGGUGGUGGCGGCGGCGGCAGAGGCGGUGUUGGCUACGGCAAUGGCUUCCCUGAAGGCGCACCGUCCGGGCCUCGCGGGCCAAGAGGCGGUGGCUUUGGAGGCGGCCGUGACAGCUACGGCGGUGGCCGCGAUGGCGGUCGUGAUAGCUACUCUGGCGGCGGCUCAAGAUACGGCGAGAGACCGCCCCGCGACAGCUAUGGAGGUAGCGGCGGCAAUCGCGAACCUAUUGGAGGCGGAGAGCGUGGCGGUGGUGGCUACCGCGACCGCGACCGUGAACGCGACAACGACCGCAAGCGACCCUACGAUGGAAACGGUGGCUACGACGAAUCGCGCAAGCAAAGAAGGUACUGA